AACCAAGCGUCGUCAGCUUGAACCUUGAACGCUUGUGCCCACUCACUCCCAGUGCGAGUCCGUGUAGUGCGACGGUCUUGUUGCUCGGUUGGUAUGAGUGAAAUGCUGUGUUUCCAGCAAGAUUAAUUUUAGUUGUGUAGGCGGGUAUUUCCUAGUCUUUUAAGUGUUUUAGAUAUGUGUUACGUAAAUAUUUUGUUAUAAUCUCGGACGAGGAUUCAUACCGUUUACUACUACCCUUGCAGAUGUCCCCAAACAACUCAGUUGAAAGUAGUAUUCCUUUGCAAACUACUGAAUCACGAACAAGGAUGAAUACUAUUCUGUCAUCAAGAGCAUUCCAUAGACCCGAUUUGUCUGAAUCUGGUUCUUCAUCAAUUCAUUCAAAUGGUAUACACCAAUUGAACAUUCAAGAAGAUACUCCUCGAUUCAAUUAUGAAAGGGAAAGACUAAAAAGUUUCGAAGGCUGGCCUGUACCUUUUCUCAGUUCAAGUGCUAUGGCAGCAGCUGGAUUUUAUUUUUUGAAAAGAGAAGAUGUGGUCAGGUGUGCUUUCUGUGGAGUGGAAGUAGGAUGUUGGGUUGAAGGAGAUGAUCCCAUGCAAGAUCACGAGAGGUGGUCGCCUUCAUGUAGGUUUGUCAGGAAAUUGCCAGUUGGAAAUGUUCCAUUGAAUGCAACCAAUGCAAAUAAUAAUAGAGAUAUUUCCAAAGAGAAUGGUUAUGACACUUGUGGGAGGAUUGAAUUUAGGCCAGAAUGUGGUAUGGGACUGCAAGCCAAGGACAGACCAUUGCCUCCACUAGAGAAGUUGGGUAUUCAUAAGAGUCGGGCACCUUCUUUUCCAAACUUUGCUACCUUAGAAGCUCGUCUACGAUCUUAUGAUUUGUGGCCUAUUGCAUUGAAAUUAAAACCGAAAAUUCUUAGUGAAGCAGGAUUCUUUUACACAGGAAAAGGAGAUCAAACAAUAUGUUUUCACUGUGGGGGAGGUCUGAAGGACUGGGAAGAAUCAGAUGAACCUUGGGUUGAGCAUGCAAGAUGGUUCUCCAAAUGUAACUUUGUUCUAUUGAUUAAAGGCAAAGAUUUCGUUGACAAAGUGUGUGGCAGAAAUAUGUCUAAGGGGAAGUCGAAAAGUGAAGAAAAUGUAAGCAAGUUGGUCCCAGAAUCUUGUAUAAAAGAAGAAAAAAAUACUAGCCAAAAAGAGGUCCAGGGUGAGAGCAAGACGGAACACACGGGUCUGUGCAAGAUCUGCUAUACAGAGGAAGUUGGAGUGGUGUUUCUCCCUUGCAGUCACCUCGUUGCCUGUGUCAAAUGCGCCUUAUCUCUGUCCACUUGUGCUGUCUGCCGUCAACCUGUCACUGCCACUGUCCGAGUCUUCUUGUCUUGAUUAAUCACCAUGUAAAGACCUUCAUUUUGUCUAGUCACCUACAUUAAUCAUGUAAAAAAAACAUCUUAUUUAUUUCUCUUUUAAUCAUGAUUAUCAAAUUGUGAUAUUAUGAAAUUGUGAACUAUUAUGAAAUUAUUAGUUAACAUAAAAUUGAAUUAAUUUCUCUAAGCCACUGUGUAAGGCUUUUACUCUGAUUCCUCGCAUUUAGAGUAAUGAGUGGAUUUGAAAUGUGAGUGUGAUGUACAAUGGAAGUUUAGUCAUAUUGUUUUGUUGCUUAAUUGACUUGAUUAUCACUUUUACCCAUCUAAAAUGUUACAUUAUCUUUUCUUGAGUCAAAGAAUUUAACUGUUAAGUUAUGAAUAAGUAGUUUUUAUUUUUUUUAUAAAUUACUCCAUCACCUUUUUUUGUGUAAUUGAAUUUUAAAAUCUAUUGAAGUCAGUUGAUAGUGUUGCACUUAACAUAAGUAGCAUUGUUUCUGUUAUCCAAUAAGUCAUUUUAAAGUGGCAUACACAUUUUUGUUAAAACAUAUUAUGUAUUUUAAGACAACUUGAUUUUUUGUAUGCAAGAUUUAAUCUAUGUUGAAGCAGUAUUUUGAGUUUGUUAUAUUUCUGCAAUAUGUUUUAGUUUGUGAUUAAUUGCACUGUAAAUUUAGUUUAGAUCUUCAAAUCAUACAUUUUGAAUUUUGUUUUAAUUUUAAACAAAUAAUUUCUUUGUUAUUUCAUGACCUGCCCAUCAUAUGAGGUUAAAUCAAUCAUAAGCAUGGUGUCUGUUCUGUACUAUGAAGAUUAAACUAUAGCCAACAAA